GAAAGAGAAGCAGCCCGCAAAAAAUUAGAAGCAGCGGAAUUGGCUCGUCGGCAAACUAAUCUCAGCGAAAAAGAACGUAAACUUAAAGAACAAGCUGAGCAAAGAAAAAAAGAAAAAGAAUUAGCCGAAGCAGAAGAGGCCAAACGGGAAGAAGCCCGUCAGGCUCGCGAACAAGCCUUAAAAGAAGAACAAGAAGCUUUUUUAAAAACUCAACAAAAGAACUUUGAGGAACAACAGAAAAAAAGAGAAGAAAACUAUGCUAACCAAGUUAAGGAAGCCGAGAUUGCUGAACAGAAGAAAAAAGCAGCCAUUGAGGAAUUAGACAAAAAAAACAAAUUCCAACAGGAACAGUUAGAAAAACAAAAAGAGUUAUUGGAAGAAGAAACCCAAAAAAAAUUAGAACAAAUUGCAGUGGAUGACCAAAAAGCCCGCCAAACUAUUUUGGAACAGCAAGAGAAAGAUAAACUGGCUUUGGAACAAACCCGCCGAGAUAAUGAAGCCGAAUUACUGAGACAAAAA